AUGGCCACCACACUUGCUCAAUCGCUCUACCAAGAGGUUCAUGCAACCCCGCUGGAACUCCAUCCACAAAUCACACAAUUACUCCAUAUGUUUGUCAAGUAUCUAAAGGAGCCACGGUACCAGGCCCCGCUCACACUCGAGGAAAUUUCGCGGUUGUUUGAGUACUUUUAUUCGGAUUUGAACCUGCUUGUCGUGAAUCUCUACACACAAUCAAACUCUACCAAGAAACGUCUCAUAGCAAGCUCCUUGCAUUUCCAACAACAUCCGAAACGAUUUGAUUAUCUUUUGGCCAUCUCCAACUACUCCGCAUCCACGGUGAAGUUGACCAAACGUACCGACCAAGCCGCCAUGGCCCAACUCCGUGUAUUCAAUUAUUACAAGUUUGCAACUGUUUUCGAAACCAUUGAACGAGCACAAACAAAAUUGUUUUCUAUGGCCAAUGGUGAAGAUGAUAUUUCCUUAUAUGAGAAGAUCUUUAGAUUUGAACAGAGAGAUAUCAUUUUCCAGGAGUUUUUCGAUGAAAAAGUCACGGCCAUUAAGGCAUUACAAUUGGGUAUUGAAUGCUUUAUAGAAGAUAAGAAAGUGAGUGAAUAUUUCCAAGAUUCAUCAUCUAAACCUUUGGAUCUUAUCGAAUAUUUCCAACAACUUUCAGAUGCAAUCACUCCAUUUGCUAAACUUAAACUCAUUGUUCAAAUUCAAAAAUCUUUGAUUCAUCAAUUAGCUGUUUCAUGUUUUAAUGGAGACCAUUCAUUGGUUAACAAUGAUGUUCUACUCCCUUCACUCAUCUAUUACAUUGUAUACCAUCUCCCAUCACAACAACAAUAUGAAGUAUAUCUCAAUUUCACGUUUGUUAAGAAUUUUUUGAACCUUAUUCCAAAUGAAAUCGAUCUCAAUACUUUAACUCCAGCUACAUUUUUAUCGCUGUACACCCCUACUGAUAAACUGCAGAAAAGAUCAACCAGGGGAAAGAAAAACUUUUUUGAUUGUUUAAAUUUAAAUGAAGAUGACGAUCUGACCCCUAUAAAUGAACCAUCAGUUGCCUCGGAAUCUUCGGAAUCAUUAUCACGUAGUGAAGAUCAAUUGGAUGAUUAUUUCUUCCCCAAUGAUAAAGCUGUUAUUCAUUACAUCCAAAAGGAAUUCUUAAACAAUGGUGAAUUGACUUAUUAUCUUACCAAUUUUGAAGCGGUUCUUUUCUUCCUUCUGAAUGUAACGUUGAAAGAAUUGAACCCUUCAUUGACCACAAAGAAUGAAUUAUUAUUACAACCAUUGAUAAAAUUGGUUGAUGUGGAACUUCUUCAACAUUUCAAAUUCCCCAAGGGUGAAAUUGAAGAUUCUCCUCAACCGGAGAAUGUGGGGAGUGAUAAAAUAGAUGUAAAUGUCGAACCAUUAGCACCUCCACCUCAUCCUGAAACCAAUGGAUCGAAUAGAUCAAGGUCAGGGUCAUUAUUCAAUACGAUUUCAAAUAAGAUAAACGAUGCCACUCAUUCUGUGAAUAGAUCAAGAUCCAAUUCAUCGAUCUUGAAUAGUAUCAAGUCAACUACAUCGCUUCAAAAGGAGCUCUUCCCUUCAAUCAGCCAUACUGGAACAGGUGGUGUAGGAGGAGCUAUGGGAAAUGGUAGUGGAGGAGAAACUGUAGAUUCAGGACUUUCCGCAACAUCAUCUGCUCCAUUGGAUGCGAACUUAUUGGAAAAUGGUAAUUCUAUGAUGAAAAGUAUAUUGGGGAGAUUUGGACAGGUACUGGUACCUCAAUUUACCACUAAUGCUAAAUCCAUAGAGGACACGAACCCAGUGACAUUAACCACCACACCAGUUGUUGGAGAUACUACAUUUACUGCUACAGAUGAAAAUGGUAAAAAAUUGAAUUCUAAGGAAUCUCCAGUACAUUCAAGAACCAGAUCAUCUUCCUUUGAUAAUCAUCAAAAGAGAAGUUCGAUUACUUCGAAGUUCACUACUGGAGUAUCUGAGCUUAUGACAAAACUCAACAACACAAACACUAACACAUCAUCUUUAUCGCUUCAUUCGCUUACUGAACAAACAUUGGGCGAUGGACUUCAACAAAACAAUCAUACCAUAUCUAUUUCUCCAUCGAAGCGUCCCGAUUAUAAUCGUAGUAGAACUACGUCUCUUCAAAUUAUGGAUAAAUGGUUUAGUAACAUUUCCACCCUCGGAACUGUUCCAAGCUCCAAUGGGAAUCUAUUGGGUACAACUAUAGAGUCAUCUGAGACCCCAACUACACUUGAAGAAAUUACCAAGUUUCAAAAUAUUGAAUUUGAGGCGUUGACCAUCAGUGAUCUUAAGGUGAUGAAACAAAACUAUGACAAACUUUGUUCUAUGAUUGUUCCUCAUAACGAUCAAAGUUCGCAUUCAGAAGAAACUAGCAUGUAA